GUUUGAUUUCAUGAUUUCUAAUGAGCCGAAAACUGAAGUGGAGAAAUAUUUGUAAAAAUGGACGAUAAGAUCAAAGACCUAGCUAGAAAAAAAAAUCCAAGUCAGCUUACCAAGUUCAUCCAAAAUGUUGAUUUGAAAGAUCUAUGUGAGAUGAUCCAGAACAAAAUUUGUCAUAUGGAUUUUCCAAAACUACAGAGCAACAUUUUGGAGAGCUUCAACGACACUGCUUCUUCCCAGUCAAAAAGACUCAAGGUUGUUGAAGCGACUUUGUCAGCACUUCAAACAGCAAAUAUCACCAACAGCCAAGCUAAUACGAUAGUCUGUAGGAUCAUUAUGGACUUUCCUCAAUACUCAUCUACGUAUCUUACCAAACUAGUCGAGUUUUGUCAGGAACGGAUCAGAAAAAAUGAUGAUGAAUUUAUGAGUUGGAAAGACAUUCUCCCACAAGUAUUAGAAGUCCUGGAAGACAGGAAAAUUGUAGUCAAUAAUGGUUCUGAGAUGUCGGGAAAAGAGUACAGAGAAACUAUCAUCAAAUCUUUGUACUCUGGCCAAUGGGACACAGCAGUUUUGCCAUCUGUCACAACGAUGUUUAGAGAAAUAUCAAUGUCCAAAGAAGAGCACCGAAAGGUGGUUGGAAUUCUGUGCAAUAGGCUGUCAAGCAUGCAACCCAACGAGCUACCUCCUUUGGUGCAUCAAUUACUAACUUUUUGCCGUCAGCAAGACGCGGAGUGUGUCAUUAUGGCUCUCUGCAGAUACUUUCAAACGCAGUACGCAAAUGCAUUAGAAGAAGAUUCGCAAGAGUGUUCUGAAAACAUUGGUGUGUUGACUGUCAAAGAAAUUCAAGAGGCGGAAAGUACAAUUCUUUAUCACAUAUUCCAUGCUACAGAGGUGAACCAGAAUAGUUUGAAAGAUUUCAUAAAAUCCGUCCGCAAUGCAACAAAUAUUCCUGCAUAUGUACUUGAUCCAUUCAUCAUGACACUGCUGUUGAACGUAUCGGACAUAUAUGAAAACGACACUCUGGACAUUCUGAGAAGUGCACUAAGCCGUAUAAUCCGUGAUAACGAGCGACAAAAACACAGUUCUUGGCUUAGGGAAGUUCUGGACAAGGAUUGUAGCAUUUCAUCAACAUUAAAUACUGUGAUAGGAAACAGCAUCAAAGAUAGACACAUGGUAGUUAAAGGGUUAGUUGACUUAGCGUUUGUGCUGAUGGCAAUGGGAGUAAAGCUGGGUGAAGAAGCCCACGCUGUAGUGUUAUGGGAAAUCGGUAACAAAAUAAUCCAAAAGCUAAUAAAAAAACGACAAGAAAUUGGUCCAACUGUGCUGCAAACACUAAACGAUAAAAUAAUCUGUGGAGGUGCUAGUGUUACCCAAUACACCUAUUGCCUUGCAAACAUAUGCCAAAAAGUACCUAUAGUUGUGCUUGAGUGUCGUGUAUGGAUUAUCACGUUGCUUGAGAAUUUGCUAAUAAUAAACGCAGCUGCUGCGACGCAGGUGAUUUUCGCAGUGCUCCCCAUUGUGCGAUUACAAUCUGAAAUACGAGACACAUUAAGCAUGGUAUUGCGCAAAGCAUUGUACUCCAGGGAAACCCAAAUUCGUAAAAUGGCUGUGACUGGAUUUCUACAACUACUGAAGAACUUGAAACUACACACUCUAGGUGCACUCAGCCAGUCAACAAGCCGCGGCACGUCAAGUGCUUCUAGCACAUCAACUUACACACAAGCAAGUCUGGAAGUUCACACCAAAAAAGUAGAAGAGAACCCUCGACUCAAUACGCUGUUAUGCUACGAGGUGCUGGGCAUUCUCAAAAGGUGUUUUACCCAACAAGCAGAGGUCAAAUCAUGCUUAUAUGAAGGAUUAUCUGAUGCAAUUGUGAUGAAUCCUGAGUUGUCAAAAUACUUGGUGGAAAUGUUACUUGAACAUUUUGAACAAUACUACGAGUCUAACACUAACAUUCUACCACCAUUCAAGCUUGAUAAAUGCACGUCAAUUCGUGGUGCAGAAUCAGUUUUACAAGAACCAAUUGGGAACUUGGUUUUAGUAAUGCAACGAAUAUAUGUCGAGGCAGCUUCUGAAGAGACUAAUGAAAUUGAAAAGCUGGGAUUCAUACUAGAAUCCCUCUGCAACAGAAUGUCCAAGUCUGAACUUGAGCAUUUUCAAGUGGAUCAUGAUAUUGAUCUAUUAGACAAUAUACCAGAAUGUCAAGAGAAACUUCAUAACUUGAAAGAGAUGAUAACAGUUUAUGAAGCUCUCAUUGCAUACAGAAUUGUUACUUGGUCAAAUGAUUCUACGAAUCCUGCCCACAAGAUUUACACGUUAUUUGAUGGCUACAAUCGACUUAUCACCCGCACAAAGCCUGCACCGAAGGUAAAGAAAGGUGAGGGUAAGAAGAAAAAAGACAAGGAUGUUACAGAUGCCUCCUUCAAGAAACCUGGGCGCAAUGUAGCCAUUAAACUACCACAAACUAUUCUAGAUCUAGAAACCGUACUCAAAAUAGUUACUCUUCUAUAUUCCGAUGCUGUGCCCUGGUCAUCUCAAAUCGAAUCGCGCAGAUUGCAAGAAAAGGAAUUGUUUCACCGCUAUAUACUGCAAACCUGCAUUCAGCUUAUGCAGCGUACGAAGCAGUUAAAAAACAACGACCUGCGAAAGCAUAAGAGGCAGGAUGUAUUGAAAUGUUUUGAAAUUGGCGAAAUCAUAUACACGAAAAUUGUGUUACAAUUAGAUGAUGUACGUAACUUCGACCAGCAAACUGCAGUACUUGGAUUGGACUGUUUUAAAGAACUGUGUAACCUAGCAUGCACAAGUCUAUCCUCACAAUCAGAUUUGCUGAACUUUUUAAGGAUAUGUGGAAAAGUUGAUACAAACGCUGACUUGGAAUUGCAAUUGAUGAGCGUCAUAUCACCGGUGAAAAACCUUUUGACAAAUGUUCUUGAGGAAGACGAUGAAAAUGAAUUAAUCGCUAAAAGAAUUCCUUCAAUUCUAAUGAAAAUUCUUUCACUCUUGACAUUGAAGUUACCCUACCAUGGGGAAAAAAUUGCAAAUAUGCUCAAAUGGCUACAUGAACUUGCUAUGGAAAGAGAAAUGGAGCAAAGCAUGGCUGUCGCAGUAAUUGAAUUCAUACUAAAGAUUGAAGAUUACAUAACAGACUAUGGAAAUAGUAUUGACAAGAUAGUCUAUCAACUCUGUCAAAUACUGGGGACUGUAGACGAGGAAGAAAGUCAAAUGCAGGAAGAAGAUCAGUUUAAAAUUCUGAAUGACCAGUCUGCACUUCAAGUACAUUCCCUUAUUUGUAAUGUACUGAAGCAAAAGCUGGAUAACACGACAUGGUUUUUAAGUAGAUUAAGAGCUGAGCAAGUACUCACGACAAUGCCUGAAAUAGGUGUAGAGGAACGUCGAAAUGCACUCAGAGAUAAAGAACAUAAACUAAGCUCUCAGUUGUGCUUGAUCGUCCAGACAUUAAAGACAUUGUCUAAUAUUUCAAUAUCACCUGGAGUCAACGCGGAUGCAGUAUUCAAGAACUUGCAAAAUCUAUUCGGUACACUUAGCAUGUACACGAGAUACUUUUACAACAAAUCAACAGCCCAAAAUCCCGUUUUCCAAGCCGUUAGGUUUGUCCCACUGGUAAAACUAGCCGGAAAGCCACUUGCUAAGACAUUAUACAGCCUUAUAACACACAUUGAGGAAAAUCAAAGAAUCAAAUCCAAGUCAAAAAUAGUAGACUCAUACGCACAAAGGAGCAAAGUAUUGAAGGAAACCAAACUCAUACCUAAAGUAGUAUACGAGAUCGAGCAAUUUGGAAAGAAUGUAUUGCUGCUAAGUAAAAAAACUAAGGCAGGUUUGGAAGAAUACGUUAAUUACAGUAUUACACGAGAUUUUAGAAUAAAAAAUCCAGUUCUCAUGAAAGGUCUGGAAGAAUUGGAUGUUAGUAUGCUAACCACUCAAGGCACAAGUACCAGUACUUCAAAAUCAGGUCAAUCCCCUGAAAAUUCAGAUGCAGAAGGUAACACACCUGAACCGCCAUUAAAAAAAUCCAAGACAACACGUCAAUCGCAGAAGUUGUAAGAGGUCACAGAAAA